CUCCCCGGCGCGCCCCUUCCCCGGGCUGUAGACGCCCCCCAGGCCCAUCCUUGCAGCGCGCCGCACAGAGCCGGGAACAGCUGGGUCCUCCUAGUCUUCACCUCGCUGUAGCCCGUGAAGUGGGCGCGUCCCCAAGGCCUGGGUGCUCGGGGUACUUCCUUGCCAACCCGAGUCGCCCGCGAGGACUGCUGAGGCCGCAGGAGUGGUUGGAAGAACAAUGCGUAUGAGUCUUUGACAUCAUGAUGUACAUCCGGCAAAGAAAAGAGACAAAACCCAUAGAAGUUUCUGAGGAUUUUCCAUCACCAAAAGAAGAUGUGAAGUUGGAAAAGAAAUUGCCAUCUGGUUGUGCCUCUGGAAGGUUCUGGAAGAUCCUGUCGUCCGCGGUUGGCGGAACUGUGGCUCUUUGCAUUGGACUUCUUACAUCUGUUUACCUGGCCACCCUGCAUGAGAACGAUUUGUGGUUCUCCAAUAUUAAGGAAGUAGAGCGAGAAAUCUCAUUCAGGACGGAAUGUGGACUGUACUAUUCUUACUACAAGCAGAUGCUGCAGGCUCCGACCCUCCUGCAAGGUUUCCAUGGCUUAAUCUAUGACAAUAAAACUGAAUCCAUGAGGACGAUCAACCUCCUUCAACGAAUGAACAUUUACCAAGAAGUUUUUCUCAGUGUUUUAUAUAGAGUUCUCCCCAUACAGAAAUAUCUAGAACCUGUUUAUUUUUAUAUCUACACUCUUUUCGGGCUCCAAGCAGUCUAUGUCACGGCCCUUUAUAUAACCAGCUGGCUCCUUAGCGGCACCUGGCUGUCGGGACUGUUGGCAGCCCUCUGGUACGUCACCAACAGAAUGGACACCACAAGAGUCGAGUUUACCAUCCCGCUGAGAGAGAACUGGGCUCUGCCUUUUUUUGCAAUUCAGAUUGCAGCAAUUACCUACUUCCUGAGACCAAAUUUACAGCCUCUUUCUGAAAGACUGACACUUCUUGCCAUUUUCGUAUCAACUUUUCUCUUUAGCCUGACAUGGCAAUUUAACCAGUUCAUGAUGCUGCUGCAGGCGCUGGUGCUGUUCAUCCUGGACUCCCUGGACAUGCUGCCGGCCAUGAAGGCCACCUGGCUGUACGGGAUACAGAUAAGCUGCCUGCUCCUCGUCUGCACGCUUCAGUUCUUUAACGCCAUGAUUCUGGGGUCGUUGCUCAUCAGUUUUAACCUUUCAGUAUUAAUUGUAAGAAAACUUCAGAAAAACCUGAAGACUGGACCCUUCCUGACUAGAAUCUGGAAACUACUGUUGCAUUUGCUUCUAGUUUUCUGUUUGACACUUUUUCUCAACAACAUUAUUAAGAAAGUUCUUAACCUGAAGUCAGACGAACACAUCUUUAAAUUUCUGAAGGCCAAAUUUGGGUUUGGAGCAACAAGGGAUUUCGAUGCAAAUCUCUAUCUGUGUGAGGAGGCCUUCGGCCUCCUGCCUCUCAACACGUUCCAGAGGCUCUCGGAGACACUGCUUUUUUACGCAUACAUGUUUGUCCUCGUGAUCACAGUGGUUACAGCAUCCGUUGUAGCCUUUCAUAAUCUCAGUGAUUCCACAAGUCUGAAGUCCAUGGAUCAGACAAGAAAGCGUGCCGUUGACCUGAAGCCAGAAGCCGCGUACAACCUGAUCCAUACCAUUCUGUUCGGGGUCUUGGCGUUGAGUACGAUGAGGAUGAAGUACCUGUGGACCUCCCACAUGUGUGUGUUCGCGUCCUUCGGCCUGUGCAGCUCUGAAGUCUGGGAACUGCUUCUGAGGCUGGUUCAUCUCUGUAACCCAAAGCGGAUCUGGGUCCUGCGCUACCUGGUACCCGUUCUCACCCUGCUGUAUCUGUGCUAUAAGUCCUGGCCAGGAGUGAUGGAUGAACUCUCGGAGCUGAAAGAAUUCUAUGACCCAGACACAGUGGAGCUGAUGACCUGGAUUAACUCCAACACACCAAGGAAGGCUGUGUUCGCUGGAAGCAUGCAGUUGCUGGCUGGAGUCAAGCUGUGCACAGGACGGACCCUAACCAACCACCCACACUAUGAAGAUAAAAGUCUGAGAGAGCGGACCCAGGCGGUUUAUCAGAUCUAUGCGAAGAGGUCGCCAGAGGAAGUGCACGCACUGCUGAGGUCCUUUGGCACUGACUUCGUGAUCCUGGAGGACAGCAUCUGCUACGAACGCAGGCACCACAGGGGCUGCCGGCUGCGCGACUUGCUGGAUGUGGCCAACGGACAUGAAAUGGAUGGGCCAGGAGAGAGUGACCCUGACUUGAGACCUGCAGACCACCCUCGCUUCUGUGAAGAGAUUAAAAGGAACCUGCCCUCCUACGCAGCCCACUUCACUAGAGUAUUCCAGAACAAGACAUUCCAUGUCUACAAGCUGUCCAGAAACAAAUAACCACAGCCGUUCUUAAAACUGCAGUGCAUCUACAGCUGGUGGAGUCCAUGUCUGUGCGUCAGGAGUGGGACUUGAAUGCUGGGGUGGCAGACGGCCUGCAGGCAAGUCCCGCCAUCAUCGGAAACGCCUCCCGCUAACGUUAGCCUUUUCUGUCCUGUCUCUGUCUUUUCUGUGAGUGUUCUUAGCCUCACAGGUGUGCCUGCCCAAGGCUGGCUAGGAACUUUGUCAUUGAGGGAAUUAUGUGUGACCCACUGGGUGGCCUGGGAAGUGAGAGCCUCUUUGAGAUCUGAAAUACUUGUGAUUUUCAGUGACCCUGAGCCAGCUGUGAGUGAGUGUAGUUGACAGGCCACACAGUUCAGUCACUGACAUUUCUUCACCAAGACCGCUUGGUGGCUUUUUAACAGUUUAUUGUCCUGUCUUGUUAAAAUUUUAUAACAUUUCCAGUUUACCAUGCUUUCACAUGUGUGAAGAAACAAAUUAUUUUAGGUCUUUGAACCUUAAAUAUUCCAUUCAUGCUCUAAGAUGUCACACACAUUUAGAGUGUGUGUUUGUUUUGAUUCUGGGCACAGCAAUCAGGGUGCUACUGGGCCGGCAUGGUGACACACUCUUUUAAUCCCAGCACCUGAAGGCAGGAGCAGGUGAAUCUUUGCGAGGUCGAGGCCAGCCUGGUCUAUAUAGUGAGUUCUGGGCCAGCCAGGGCUAUGUGAAGAGACCCUGUCUCAAGAAAGCAAAGUGUGUCAGGGCUUAUAAUAGAAGUCUUUGAGGGGGAUCCCUUCAUGCUUUUUAAUCUCUCCUGCAAGUAAAAUAAUUUUGCUUCACUUCUUACUCAUUUCAAUUAACUGGGUUUGCAAAACUUGGUAAACUUUUUGUGUUUUUAACCUUUAUAUUUUUUCAGAGCCUAGAAGCUUGCAAAGUCUGAGGCUGUUUUAGAUGUUCUACCAUGCCUCAGAGUUCUAUGUGGCAUUUCAUACCCUUUGACUUCUGGCCUCCAGUCUUCCUUCUCAGCCCUGGAGACAUCGUGUCCCUCCCUACAAGGUGACCAAGUGCCACCACGCUGCACUCACUUGUAAGCAGCAGAGAGAGGUGGUGUACCUGCUCGGAGUUUUUGAUAAUUGCUUUUAUAAUUCAUUUCUAACGGUGGGGGCAUGUAAAAGCUGCUGAUACAGGCACAUUGUCCACUUAAUUAAAUCAAGAUAGCUAAUGAAAUUAACUUUCCCUCCCGCUCUUGCCAUUUGGAAGUGAUUUAAAUGUUUUCUCCUCGAGCGUUAGUGUAAUAAAUCCCCACGAGCACCGGCCGGAGAGCACCGCCGGUCCGCAGUGUGGUUGCUGCUUAAGUAGCAUUCAAAAAUGUGUUCCAUUGUCUCAUCGGGUGUGGGGUUUUUAUGUAAAACUCACUCAAAUAAGACAUCAACAGCUAGGUUAUUGAAUUAAGCCAUUAGAACAUUGGAAUCCUGCCUUCUCUGGACCCUUUAAUGGGGUGGGAGACCACUGCAGUUUGGGCUAACAACACAAGGAAACGUGUUCACCAAUGCUAAAGGCUUAAUGAAGCUGUAGUGCCUGCUGCAGCUGCCUGCACUGGUGGAGGUUCUGGGCCAGUGCCUUACUCUUAAGGGAAAGCAAGCACAGGUACGGCUCAGUGCAUCAGGGCUGGUGACGGUUACUAUGUGGGUGAGUUUGCAUUUAUGUUAAACAUUCCUGUGUGCAUUCAUCUAAUCACUUGGUGUUUGGUGUCUUGUGAUCCAAGAGCCGUGGACUUAAACUUGGAUGCACAUCCUUACUAUGGCAACAUCCAUGCUAGUUAGUGCUCCGUCUCCACAGCACCAUUGCUGCCAAACCACGAUGAGAAGUGCCAAAAACCAGUCUUCCCCACAGGCGCUCUCCCCGAGACACUGUGAUAUGUACAGGACAUUGUUAAAACAAAUUUUUUCUUUAAAAAUAAAUUAUAUAUUUAAAAAAU